CAGCCGCGUGCCUCUCAGCCGGCCUUCAUCCGCGCGCCCUCGUGGCGGCGGCGCCUUCAGCUGCUCGCCCCCGUGGCGGCAGCGUGUCUUCAUCCGCGCGCCCUCGUCGCUGCGGUGCCUUCAGCUGCUCGCCCCCGUUGCGGCAGCGUGUCUUCAUCCGCGCGCCCUCGUGGCGGCGGCGCCUUCAGCUGCUCGCCCCCGUGGCGGCAGCGUGUCUUCAUGCGCGCGCCCUCGUGGCGGCGACUCCUUCCGCUGCGCGCCCCCGUGGCGGCAGCGUGUCUUCAUGCGCGCGCCCUCGUGGCGGCGGCGCCUUCAGCUGCUCGCCCCCGUGGCGGCAGCGUGUCUUCAUCCGCGCGCCCUCGUCGCUGCGGUGCCUUCAGCUGCUCGCCCCCGACCCGGCAGCGUGUCUUCAUCCGCGCGCCCUCGUGGCGGCGGCGCCUUCAGCUGCUCGCCCCCGUGGCGGCAGCGUGUCUUCAUGCGCGCGCCCUCGUGGCGGCGACUCCUUCCGCUGCACGCCCCCGUGGCGGCAGCCUAUCAGCAGCCGCGUGCCUCUCAGGCGGGCGGUGCUUCCAGCUGCUCGCCCCCGUGGCGGCAGCCUAGCUUCAUCCGCGCGCCCUCGUGGCGGCGGCGCCUUCAGCUGCUCGCCCCCGUGGCGGCAGCGUGUCUUCAUCCGCGCGCCCUCGUCGCUGCGGUGCCUUCAGCUGCUCGCCCCCGUGGCGGCAGCGUGUCUUCAUCCGCGCGCCCUCGUGGCGGCGGCGCCUUCAGCUGCUCGCCCCCGUGGCGGCAGCGUGUCUUCAUGCGCGCGCCCUCGUGGCGGCGACUCCUUCCGCUGCGCGCCCCCGUGGCGGCAGCCUAUCAGCAGCCGCGUGCCUCUCAGGCGGGCGGUGCUUCCAGCUGCUCGCCCCCGUGGCGGCAGCCUAGCUUCAUCCGCGUGCCCUCGUGGCGGCGGCGCCUUCAGCUGCUCGCCCCCGUGGCGGCAGCGUAUCUUCAUCUGCGCGCCCUCGUGGCGGCGGUGCCUUCAGCUGCUCGCCCCUGUGGCGGCAGCGUGUCUUCAUCCGCGCGCCCUCGUGGCGGCGGUGCCUUCAGCUGCUCGCCCCUGUGGCGGCAGCGUGUCUUCAUCCGCGCGCCCUCGUCGCUGCGGUGCCUUCAGCUGCUCGCCCCCGUGGCGGCAGCGUGUCUUCAUGCGCGCGCCCUCGUGGCGGCGGUGCCUUCAGCUGCUCGCCCCUGUGGCGGCAGCCUAGCUUCAGCCGCGUGCCUCUCAGGCGGCGGUGCCUUCCGCUGCUUGCCCUCGUGGCGGCAGCCUGCCUUCAGCUGUGCGCCCCUGGGGCGGCAGCGUGCUCAAUGGUGAUGGGGUGCAGAUGAAUGUGUGGUUUGAGGCUGAGCCUGUCGUUGGGGAUGCAUAUCUUGACCAGACGCGUGUGUUAGGAACUUCAGCAUUCCUUGCACGCUUGCCUUACGAUAGCAUUGCCACUGCCAUCACACCUGCCUUGCUCGGCUGCUCCUGCAUCAUGCCGAGGGUCCAUGCACCGCAUCGCAUGACACAUGUUUGUGGCUAGUCUACCUAGCAAAGAUGGUGAAGAGGUACGGGUUUAUUACCGGCGCGACGUCUGGCAACCCUGCGUAUGAGUCUGUGUGUGUUGCUGCUUGAGCAGCACUGCUACCAUGUGCGCCUCUUGUUUCAGUGUGCCCGCCUGCAUACCAGACCACAGCCCAUUACCGUGCUGCGGCUGGGGGGGGGACAUCAGCCAGGGCACGUCAGGAAUGCGUUAUCACGCGUUAGGGCGUGACAGCUGUCACGCCAGCUCGUGUGACCGGACAUGUCGAGGGAUAGUGCUGGGAAAGCUGCCUAACGUCAGGGUUAGGGUUGUUGCGGCUGUCGGGUUUAGGGCAGUGUCAGUGCGGAACGGGUGCCUCCCGGGCUCCGGACGGUAGAAGGCCGAGUCAUUGCUAGUCUUAUUCUGUGGUGCUUUACGGGUGUGAAGUACGUUGGAACGCAGUUUGUAGAUGCCGUAAUGACGCGGCUAAGGAUUUGCGUAUCCGGAUGAGGCGAUUCCCCCUUGGGGCGCCGUUGUUUGUGUGGUCACUAGCUCGAGACGACUUGUUCUGUCUCGAGCUCUCUGGUACGGCUUGCUGGUUAGCGAUUUCACAGACAGAACCCCGCUGCGCCUAUACACGGCCAGUGGUAAUACGCGUUUAACCAACAAGAGGUCUUACCAGAAUCGA